GUUCUUCUUCUCCCCUCUCUGUAUAUAAACCCUACAAUGCCCACAUUCAUUUCAUUAUUUCAUAUCAUAAAACAUUUUCAAGAAAAUCUUUAGAACACAACAAGAAAAGAGAGUUGAAAUGGACCCAAGAAUGGGAGCUGCUCCUGCACCAAAUCAGGUUUUUGAGGAUUUUGUGCCAAAAUCUGAGCUUGUGACUGAGGCAGAUGCUGACAUCCUUCAGAUUCAUUUGCCAGAUUUCAAGAAGGAACAGCUGAGGGUUCAAGUAACCAGAUCAGGAAACCUGAAGAUCAGUGGACAAAGGCCUAAAUGGGGUGAUAAAUGGCUGAGAUUUCACAAAGAAUUCCCCCUUUCACCAAACUGCAUCCAAAACAAGAUCAGUGCAAAGUUUGAACGUGGGAUCCUCUUUGUGAGGCAGCCCAAAAUGAUCAUUGCAGAGAAACAAUUGGCUGCAGAGCCUCAGAAACCGGGUGCAGAUGAACAGCGAAAGGCGGGGGAAGAGCCAGCCAAGAAAACCGAAGAACAGGCGAAAGGCGGGGCAACUGAACCUUCACAGCCCCCCGAACAGAAAACCAGGGAAGAGCCAAGCAAGAAAGCAGAAGAGCAGAGAAAAGGCGAAACUACUGCUUCAGAGACGAAGGGAAAGGAGAGUGAAGUGACAGAUGCUAAAACCGCCACUGAGGCAAAGAAAAGUGAUGAAUUCGUCGAAGAUGAGACGAUAAACAAUAAGGGCUUAUCUGAUACAAGAAAUGCAGCUAUGAUUGAGAAUUCUGGAACUAAAUUGGCAACAAUUCUGAGACAACCUAGGAGAAUCUUGAAUGUGGCUCUGGUGGUUAUGGUGGUGAUUAGCAUCUUCAUGUAUGUUAACAACAUGAUUAGAUCUUCCUGUGAAGCUGAAGAGUGAUCAUGAAACCACUGUUAUUAUCUCAUAAAGUGGUUGAAGUUGGGGGAUAUGAUUGUGAAUAACACAGCUUACCAGUGAUUCAUUUUAUGUUUCUGAAAUGGAAUAAAAGAAAAUUUGGGUUCAAACA